AUGAACAUCGAGCACAUUACUGGAUACGCCUCAAAGCAUCUCGGCCCUGAAAAUGAGACUUUUGCAUACGGAACCGCGGGAUUCCGCAUGCUGGCCUCGAAACUGGACCCUGUCGUUUUUCGUGUUGGGAUUCUGGCUGGCCUGCGGUCGAAAGCCUUAGGGGGAAAGACAAUUGGUGUGAUGAUAACCGCUAGUCACAAUCCGCCCAAAGACAACGGGAUCAAAAUUGUGGAUCCGUUUGGCGAGAUGUUGGAGCAGUCAUGGGAGGCCAUAUCCACGAAACUGGCCAACAGUCACGAUUCCGAGUCGUUGAUCUCCACCAUUAAGGAGAUUGUUGAGUCACAGAAAAUUGACUGGAGUGCUCCCUCCAACGUGGUGGUUGCUCGUGACUCGCGUGAGUCCGGUCCCAAGCUUUUGGCCUCCACAAUUGACGGGUUGAAGGCCAUUGGGGCCUCCUUCAAGGACUUUGGCCAGCUCACCACACCCCAAUUGCAUUAUCUUACGCGUUGUUUCAACGAUUCAAGUUUUGGUAAGCCAGAUGAGGAAGGCUACUACGAAAAACUCAUUCUGAGCUACUCGAAAAUCAUGGAGUUGUGGGGAGUCACGGACGACAUCUCAAUCACUGUGGAUGCUGCCAAUGGGAUUGGUGCUGACCAGAUCCUCAAACUGCAAAAGUAUUUCGAGCAGCAUGUGAAGUUCACAUUGGUGAAUGGAUCAAGCGAUGUUCCAUCAGCUCUGAACUCCGAUUGCGGAGCUGACUUCGUUAAAACAAACCAGAAACUUCCCUCUGGCAUUCCAGACUUUGAGCCCUUGAAACUGUACUCUUCCUUCGACGGCGAUGCGGAUAGGGUGGUAUUCUACUAUUUGAACAAAGAAGGCACCUUCAGACUGCUUGAUGGUGACAAAAUUGCAACAUUGCUUGCUUCAUUCAUCAGCUCAUUGCUUUCCAAGCUGGAUGGAAAGUCCUUCAAGUUGGGUAUCGUCCAGACGGCAUACGCCAACGGGUCGUCCUCCAAUUACAUCACUAACGUUUUGAAACUUCCAUUGGGAGUCACUGCCACUGGAGUCAAACAUUUGCACCACAAAGCCCAGUCUUAUGACAUUGGAGUGUACUUUGAAGCCAAUGGCCAUGGAACAGUACUGUUUUCGGAUAACUUUGUGGAGGCGUUGGAAGCACAGGACUUCACUCCGGGCACGGAGCAAUACAAAGCUGCAUCCACUCUUAGGUUGCUGGUGGACUUGAUCAAUCAGACGGUUGGCGAUUCUAUUGCAGACCUUCUGGCUGUGUUGGUCGCAUUGAGACUCGGAGACUCGAAGACGCCUGAAGAAUGGGAUUCUAACUACACUGAUUUGCCCAAUCGUUUGUUGAAAGCCCUGGUUAAGGACAGAAACCAAUUCAAGACCACGGAUGCCGAAAGAAAGCUGGUGGAGCCGGUUGGUCUGCAGAGUGAGAUCGACGAGAUCGUGGCGGAGUAUCCCGGAGGAAGAUCGUUUGUGAGAGCUAGUGGAACCGAAGAUGCUGUGAGGAUUUACGCCGAAGCCAACACGAUUGAGGAUACCAAUGAGUUGGCCUCCAGGGUGAGUAAGCUAUUGGAAAAGUAUUAG